CGGAGUCGUAGGAAUCUGUCCCGUUUGGGUUCCCUGGUGGCGGAGGCCGAGCCGUAGGUGGGAGCGAGGGCUCGGGGUCUGCUCGCCGGGUGGACAUGGAGCGCGCUAGCACCGUCACCAGCUCCAGCUUCCAGUCGGACUUGGACUUCUGUCCCGACUGCGGCUCGGUGCUGCCUCUGCCGGGCGUCCAGGACGCGGUCCUCUGCCUUCGCUGUGGCUUCUCCGUCCACGUGCGGGACUUGGAAGGGAAGCUCGUGAAAACUUCGGUCGUGUUUCACUCCCUGGGCUCAGCCGUGCCUGGGACGGCGGAGGAAGGACCCGAGUUCCAGGGGCCAGUGGUGGACAGGCGCUGCUCCAGAUGCGGGCACGAGGGGAUGGCCUACCACACCAGGCAGAUGCGCUCGGCCGACGAGGGGCAGACGGUCUUCUACACCUGCACCAAGUGCAGGUUCCAGGAGAAGGAAGAUUCAUGACUUUUUUUCUGGGCAGCUCCACAAAUCUUCCCCAGAAGGCGAAGGAUACCGGUUCUCAGAUGCCUUACCCACUGGACGUUAGCUGCAGUGCUUGGCUCGGUUGUCUUGCGGGGUCACUGUUCCCAGAGUGUUCUACCUCCAGCUGACUUUAAG